AUGGCAUCAAAACGGCAUGUAGGAUUAAAUAUUCGGAAAAAAGAUGAACCGAAAGCUGCUCCAAUUCGAGUUUCCAGUGUUUUUGGAGACGAUGAUGAUGAUGAUAAUGUGCCAGCCACAGCUACCAAUAUGGCAUCAGCUUCAGUUAUUCGUGUGCAAAAAGCAGCAGAACGAGAACAUCAAAAGGCAGAAGCCGAGGAUCCGACGAUUUUCGAUUAUGACGGGAAUUACGAUGAAAUUCAGGCGAUUAAGAAUGAAAAAAAAGAAGAAGCUCGAAAAGCGGACAAAAAUCGUGAAUCGAAAUACGCGGAGAACAUCAUUAAAGCCCAUGCUCGUCGCCAACUCGAACAAUUUUCUCGUGAAGAACGCCAACAACUCAGAGAACGAGAGAAAGAAGGCGAUGAAUUUGAUGAUAAAGAAGUUUUUGUAACUGGAGCAUACCGUAAGCAACAGGAAGAAGUGAAGAAACAUCGGGAACAAGAAGCUGAAGAAGCUGCUUUUAAUGAUAUGACAAGUGUUCAGAAACAGAAAUUAUGGGAAAUUGGUAUGGGAAGGACGCUUUUAAACGAUUUGGCAAGAGAUCCUACAGCUAUUAAACAGAGGAAGAAAGAGCAGAAAAAUGUGAGAAAACGGGAAGAUUCUGAUGAAGAAAUUGAUCCGAAACCGGAAAAAUCGGAUAAGAAACCAGCCGAAAAGCUUAAAAAAUCAAUUUAUUCCGAUGAUUCUGACGAGGAAAAAGCACCAAAACCUCCACAAAAAAAUUUCGAAGGAGAUCUUAAACCUGGCCUGAAUACGGUAUCAAAAAAAAAAGCAACGACUCACGCAGAGAGAAUCCGUCAGCGAAACUACACUCCAACACCUCCAUCUUCAGAUGAUGAAGGUGCAAGAGCUCCACGAGCUCGGAGAAGGACUUCAAGCCCGUCACCAACUUCAAGGAAGUCCAUAGAAUCGAGAGAAUCAGGGAGUAGAAGAUCGCCUGAAGGGAAAUCUGAAAAAUCUGAAAAAGCGCCGAAAAUCUCGCUUAAAGAUAAGCUGAAGCCGAAGAAAAUCGAUAAAGAAGCAAGAUUAGACGGACUCAAAGAAAUUCUGAAGCAGCGGAAUACAGAAGAAGAUAUUGAGGCAGCGAGGCAAAGAUAUUUCGAGAGAAAGGAGCAAGGAAUUGUUGUACCUCCAUUGUAAAAUUUAAUUUUUAUUUAUUUUUUCUUUGUUUGUUUUUUUCAAUUGCUGGUUAAAAUUCCAAUCUCCCAAUUUUCCAAUUCCAGACCUAAUGAAAUAUCCAAUUUCAA